AAAAAAAAAAACUGAGUCAACAAUGCUCCUGUCCGCGUUGUUUCUCAGGCAUAAAUGUCUGUUGCAAUCCUGCUCGGCUGAUAAUCCAACCACCAUGGAUAUUUGAUUCACCACUACUUCUAUUACUACUUAGAUAAUUUAGUGUUCGUCUACUCUUCACUCCUCACAAUGAAUCCAGCAAAUCUACUCAACACUCCUAUUACUCCUGGACCUGUGCAUCGAGCCCCCCAGGUUGCUUGUAACGAAUGUUUGCGGAUGGGACUGCAGAAUUGCAAUGGAAGCCUCACAGAUGACAUGGGCUGCCUUAAUUGUAGAAGGCGGGAUGUUCCAUGUAUUUUCCAUCACCAGACUCUGCGGGACAGGCCUGACGGGAUGACGGAUCCGAUGUGCUGCGACGGAUGUUUACCAACGGGCAUCAAGACCUGUUCCUGGCGAGAAGGGCCGGCGACGGAACCGUGGUAUCGCACAUGUCGACAAUGCAGGGCAAAACCCGGCCAGAAUUGCACGAUCGACGGCUUCCCUAUGGCAGAAGGUGGCGUGCCGAGACACCUUCCCGCGCUGGGGUAUAGCCAUCACCAAAUAACACAAUACUUACCGCCUCCGCCGAACCGGGCAGAGAUCCAUAGAGAAGACCGCGCAAACCCAGUCGCGGGCCCUACACCCCAUCGCCGUCAAAUUCCAGCCUCAGAUCCGGGGCCAGAUCCAGCACUAGACAGGGAGUGGGGGAUAGCAACCCGUCUCGACCGCUGCCACACAUGCCACCUGCGCUUUCACCCGUCCGAGCGGCCCUGCGAUGCUAGCGUGGACCCGCCACAAGGCUGCCAGCAGUGUCUUGCGUGGGGGCUGAUCUGCGUCCUAGGCGACAGCGCGCUGCCCACGGGCGAGCUCCGCGGCCGCGCUCUGCCCGAGGACAAGGAGUUCAGCCGCUGCGAGACGUGCAUGGCCUAUAACCGCAACUGCGAUCGCAAACGGCCCUGCGAUUCGUGCGUCCACAAUGGCGUGAUGUGCCGUGAUCCGACGAGGAGCGGCUGCUUUGCGAGAGGCGCGCCGGGCGACGACCUGCCCUUCUACUACUACCGGCUUGGGUACGGGCCCGCGGGCGUGGAUGACCCGCCCUUAAAUGAGGCUUCUGGGCUGCCUCCGAUUGUCAUGCCUAGUAACUACCAUGAGUUGUAUCGCCCCGGUGGCAGCCCGACCGUCUAAUAAAUGAUUCGGCGCCUACUUCCUAAGAUUUUUUCGGAUUCCUUAACUUAACUUCCGGUGAGCAAGGCAUGUACAAGUGACAGCUGAUAAACGCGAGAGUAGCCGAUGAGGGAGCUCACCAACCAGUGCAUGUUCCUCUCGAGCAAAUAGAGAAGUUGGUUAUCUUGUAGCGAUGAAUGUGUGUGUGUGCAAGUGGUCCCG